UGAGCGGUUAGCCUUUCUGCAUCGGAAGCCACGAGUGAUUUUAUGUCGGUUUACGAUAAUACUUUAGUUUAAAAACAUAAAACCCGUUGCCUGUUUUAAAAUUUAAAAUUGCUCUGUUUUAGCUAUAAGCAGCAUGUAAGAUAAGCGUCACUCCGUGCAACCGUGUUAUAUUUGGGCUGUAAGAGGAUUUCAUCGCAGACACAGAACAGCUUACGUUGCUGCCUGGAGGAAUCGCCUGAUAGUCACCCUCACUUCAGGGGAAAAUGCCAGCCGUGGUUUGCGAGAAGGAAGGCUCCGAGUCUUCCUCGGAGGACGAUCAAGGAGAUCAUCCUUGCAUCACAUGGAGUGGCCUUAGCAAGACAAUACCAGUCCUCCUAUUUCUACCCGAGGCUGUUGUUUCAAAAGACAGGAAUAUCUGCUCUAUUGGAGAGAGCUACAAUAUGGCCUUCAAGAUUGUGCGCACAGAGAGUCGCCUUGUACGAAGAAUGCUCGCCAAUCAUGGGUUUCAUGAGGUUCACCCAAAUAGUAAUGACUUCAACCUAAUGUGGACUGGAUCUCACAUCAAGCCUUAUGUGCUACGCAGCCUUCAAGACUUCCAGAAGGUCAACCACUUUCCCAGGUCGUAUGAAUUAACUCGCAAAGACCGCCUCUAUAAAAAUAUCCAGCGGAUGCAGCAGCUACACGGCUUCAAAAACUUCCACAUAAUUCCUCAGACCUUCGUGCUUCCCUCUGAGAGCCAGGAGUUCCGCAAUUGUUUUGCGAAGGACAAGGGGCCAUGGAUAAUUAAACCAGUCGCAUCCUCCAGAGGACGGGGAAUCUAUUUGAUCAGCAAUCCAAAUCAGAUUUCAAUGGAUGAAAACAUCUUGGUGUCUCGCUACAUUAACAACCCGCUGUUAAUCGACGAAUUCAAAUUUGAUGUUCGUUUGUAUGUAGUGGUGACAUCCUAUGACCCACUUCUCAUCUAUGUCUAUGAAGAGGGUCUAGCUAGAUUUGCUACCGUAAAAUAUGACCAGACCUCAACAAACAUCAAGAACACUUUCAUGCAUCUCACCAACUAUAGUUUGAACAAAAAGAGCAGCGAUUAUGUCAGCUGCGAUGACCCUGAAGUUGAGGAUUAUGGCAACAAAUGGAGUAUGAGUGCAGUGUUGAGGUAUUUGAAGCAGGACGGAAAGGACACCACAUUGUUAAUGAGACAAGUGGAGGACCUGAUCAUAAAAGCUGUCCUGAGUGCUGAGCUGCAGAUAGCCGCUGCAUGCAAGAUGUUUGUUCCUCAUAAAGCAAACUGCUUUGAAUUGUAUGGCUUUGAUGUCCUCAUUGACUCCAACCUCAAACCCUGGUUGUUGGAGGUCAACCUUUCUCCCUCUUUGUCCUGUGAUGCACCCUUGGACCUGAAGAUUAAGGCUAGCAUGAUUGCAGACAUGUUUUCACUAGUGGGCCUCGUGGGUCAAGACCCCCUGUUACGGCAAUCGCGUCCAGAUCGAUUCACAGUGGACAAGCAGACAGCAGCCCAAAGAGCACAGAAGCCCAUAACAACUGCUUGUUCAGAAACAAAUGGAUUUAACGACAAGCAAGGAACUAAAAGUAUCCAAGAAGAGAGCACUCUGAACCUGACUGCUGAGGAGAUCAAAGUGCUGAGAAAGAUUAAGGAGGAGUAUGACAGAAGAGGGGGUUUCAUAAGGAUCUUCCCCACCCAGGACACAUGGGAGCUUUAUGGUGGAUAUUUGGAGUCCAAGACAUCUCUGAACUCCAUGUUGGCAAACAGGCUUUUCCAUGGAAGCUGUGUUGUCAGAAGUGUGAAUAGGAACAAGCAGCUGCUGGUGGAUGAAGUCAAUGGCCUCCACGUUGUUCAGUAUGAGAGGAAGCUGCUGUCCCUGGAAGCACAAAAAAGCUCAAGGCGCCACCUGAAUCAUCACUCUGCUGCAAGGAAGAAAAAACUUGGGAAGGAACCAAAGGCUUUCCUGACUGAAAACAGAAGUCAGGAGGCAGAGGAGCAUGCUCAGGAGGAAAGCGUGGAGAUCAAACAACCCCUUGAGCCAGUCUUGCAAAAGGAUUUGGUAAUGGAGAAAAGAAAACAAGCGGCCGUGGUGGAUCGCUACCACAACCACACCGAGUCCGUGCACACUGCCAGGCCUACAGUAAACCUGCUCCACAUCCUUCAGCAGGGAUGGGAACUCAGUAAAGUUCAGGCUCGGAUUGCUUUUUCAUCUUACCUUCAGCGGGUUCAGCAAAGGCUUUUAGCUGAGAGCAGAGCCAGCACUGUCUCCGCCUGGCAAGACAAUGACAAUGAUCAAAUGGAGCUUGUGAUACGAUUCCUGAGAAGAGCAGCUAGUAACCUUCCACAACAAAUGAAGGUCGUGUUGCCUAAUCACCAGUUACCCCUCCGAGAUCGCAGACGCAUCCUGUCCCACCAGUUAGGAGAGUUUAUCCACUGUUACAAUAAGGAAACUGAGUUUAUGAUGACAAAGCAGGAAAAUGGCGAACAGGAGCAUUGUGUUAACCAGAGUGUUUUUCAAGAGUACAUUACAGCAGCAAGUGAAACCAAUCUUGAGGAAGUGCUGACAUUUUAUACGCAGAAAAAUAAAUCGGCCAACGUCUUCUUAGGAACGAAAGUCAGAAAUGUCAAGACGGAUGUUCAGGAUCAAGCUAGCAAGGCAAAAACCAAACCUUUGCCUUUGACCAAGGAGGACUCCAGCCCUUCAGAGUCCUCGCUCUCUGCAGGAAAAGUCUGCAGUGACCCAGACAUCAAGCCCACUGAGACUGGGUUGUCUGCGCUGCUCUCAGACCAACAGUCAGAGGUUACAGCCAGUAAAUCUCAACCAGAUGUCCAGUCGUCUCAGCACUGCUCCAGUUUUCCUCUAACUUUAGACUGCUCAUACAUUCAUCUGCAGCAUUGCCCUUCUGCUCCAACAUCCAUUCCUCUCCACUGCCCUCCACCGCCGCCACCUCCCCAGCCUCCGUCUUACGCACAGUCCUUGGCAAAGUCUCACUUUUGCCAUUUGGAAACUCUUUCCGACCCUCCUGCAUACACCUCUGCCCCCGUCAUCACGCAGCCUCCACAAGGGUUUUGGACGGCCACAUCCACGAUUUCCAACACAGCUUCUGCUGGGCCACCAAGCCAGGCUCUCAGAAGGAUUCAGUCUUUUACUACUUCCACAUCCGACUCCAGAGCUACCUUUGGAAUACCAAGUUUGACACAUAUCUAUAGCCAGAAGCUUUCUAGACCUACCUCAGCAGGCCAAGAAAUCCAGAAAAGCGGCUCCAGUAAGCUCAAGUCUAACUCACCGGGGACCAUUAGGGAGUUACAAUCUUUGUCCUCCCAGGCCCAGUCGAACCAGCAAGCAUUCAUUUCAGCCCUGCAGAAACUGGCGGACAAGCAGGUUGCUCGCCACUACGCCAGCUCCAGCCACAUCAACCUGCUGACCCAACAUUUGACCAACAUGAACCUGACCCACAGAAUAAUGGGCAGAGAGAGUUACAAACUGAACCCUAAAACUGCUGCUACCCAGCCUGUUAGAGCUGUUCAUGCUGGAAAAGACCAUCCAACGAGUGCAAGGCCAUGCAGGGACAAGGAGGCUUUGUGGGACACUCGGAUGCAGACUCCCGCCUGUGUGUUGACGGGUUUGAACUCUUCACAGAGCUCUCAGCCAAACAAAGGAAGCUACCAAUUGCAGUUUGCUAUUCAGCAGCUCCAACAGCAGAGGUUAAAGUCUUAUCAGGUUUUGGACCAGGACCUUUGCAGACACCAGGACCAGACAAGCGCCCCAAACACCCAGGUAUCCACAAAACCCUCCAACUGUCCAUCUUCAAGCUUACAAGUUUGGCCAAGUCUCAGCCAAAGCGAGAUCUGUGUCAGUCCUGGUUUUGUUCCAAAGCCACCCAGUAGUGCACGAGAGGGACAGGUCAGGAAAACGGCAACGAAACGACUGAUCAAGCAGAUGUCCUCUGAGAGUUCAGCCAGUGGUUCCAUAUCAAGCGGCCAGCAGGUGGUCUACAAGGCCAAUUGCGGUAAAACAGGUCUUUCUGCACACGGCAAGCUGUUCCAGAGCCAGGAGCCCUCCCACAGAUGACAUGAAGAGGAUCUUGUGCACGUCCUGCUAUUCUGCAGGCCUGACAGGUGUCUAUGCAUGUAACGGCAUUUCACAGUGAUAUUCUGGGAAAGGACAACAGAUUAAAGUAUGCCUAACAUCGAACAGCAUCCUAUUAAUUCUGCUGCCAGAGACAUGCAAGGCUAGGAACGCCAAGCUUUGACGCAGGUCGGGAUUUAGUUGCACAGCUCCAACUCCAACACCCCCAACCGCUUCAUCGCCCUUGGCCACAGUCCGUCUACAUCCUAGCAGCUGCCCGCUCUCAUUCUCUCCAUGCCACCGAAGCCACAGGAAGGUUUCACUGACAGAUAGCCUUCAGCAGAUGGGUCUGCAAGACCUGUUGGUGUGUGCACCUCUGGCUGUGUAACUACAUCUCUCCAACCAAGCCCCAACUGGAUGUAGAAAAGGGUAAUGAGAGACUUUUGGUGAUUUUUCUUUUUCACAAGUAUUGUUAGCACUGAAUAGGUAGCUUCUUACGUUACUGCAGCACUUGGUGAACAUGAAAGAAUCUUUCAUGUGUGGUUUCCAACAUUACUCUGUCCUCUUAUUCUAAAAGCCAUACAGCUGCCAAAGCUCUGACCUUUGCCUGAGGACAAGUAAAAGUAUAGCUUCCUUCAUAUACAAGCUUACAAGCUGAAGGGGUUUUUGCCUUGUCUCUUGAUUUUGAAGUGCAGCGGUCUCAGUUCUCAAUCUAACCUGUAAUUUUUUUGCUGUAAAUGUUGUAAACAAGUUGUUGACGUUCUUAAGUGGAGAGAUUAAAUUCGAUGUGAUUAAUCCAUUCUCUUUUUGCACAUCACAUAUUUUGUGGAAGUUGACUGACAAUUAAAUUGAAGCUACAACAAAAAAAAAGGAUAUUAGGUUUAUGAGCAAUAUUGUAAAAGUACACCUCCCUCCUUUAUUUAUUUUCUAUCUUCUUUAGAUAACCCUAAUAUUUUCACAGGUUUUUUAAAGGUCUAUUUAAAUUAGUUUCAACCUUAGCUGCUUUCUACAGUACAGAGUCAG